AUUAUUAGUUUACAAGUGCAGUGUACCUACCGGGUGUCCUCAGGUUUCAAUAAUUUUUCUCCCUUUCAAAAAGAAACCAAAGCUAUUAUUAUGUCUCCAAACGAAGCUGCGUGGAUCCCGGCUGCCUCAGAGCCUUACGUGGUUGACUCUGCCCCGGCGCCAAAGCCCGGUCCCAGAGAAGUGGUGAUCAAGAACCACGCAGUGGCGAUUAACCCCGUUGACUGGAAGAUACAAUAUUUCUCCGGUAGCUAUCUGAAGAAUUACCCCUUCAUUCUCGGAACAGAUGUUGCAGGAACCGUCGAAGAAGUCGGCGAGAAAGUGACUAAAUUCAAGAAAGGCCAGCGGGUUAUUGCACAUCUCGUGGGACUGAAGACUUUUGAGCCGGCCAAUGGUGCAUUUCAGCUUUACCCAGUAUCCGAUGAGAGACUCACAGCUGUCAUCCCUGAUUCCUUGAGCUUCGCGCAAGCCGCGGUACUCCCGAUAUCCAUCUCAACGGCUACAACCGGACUGUAUUCUCCAGAUAACCUGAACCUUCCUCUCCCUUCGGAGAGUCCCAAGCCCACCGGCAAAACACUUCUGCUUUGGGGAGGAGCGUCAUCUGUCGGGACCGUUGUUAUUCAGCUGGCUGUUGCUUCGGGGCUUAGAGUUGUCGCUACUGCCUCUCCAGCCAACCAUCAGCUUCUGAAGGACUUGGGUGCUAGCGCUGUGUUCGACUAUAAAUCUCCAACUGUCGUGGAGGAAAUUGUCAAGGAACUGAAAGACACCGAGAUCGCUGGUAUUUAUGACGCUAUCACAUCGGAUCAGAGCCUUGAGCCUGUCGCAGCCAUUGCGAGGCAGCUAGGCAGUCAUGACAUCGCGACGGUGAAUUAUCGGGAGAGUUCACCUGAUGGAGUCAACCUCAAGAUGGUCAUCUGUUUUGCAACGGCUUUUCCUCCCCACGAGAAGAUAGGCGAAGCCGUCUGGGGCGAGUUUGUGCCGAAGGCUCUUGCCAGCGGACAGUUGCAGGCGAAGCUUGAGCCAUUUGUUGUUGGCCAUGGGUUGGGUGAUAUCCAGCGUGCGGUAGACCUCCAGAAGGCUGGAGUAUCGGCCAAGAAGGUUGUAGUCGCUCUAAUCUGAGACU